UCACUGAUCAGGGCUCCUUGCCAGGUUCUCCUACACACACGUUUUCUCGCCCCACCCCUCGGUCUCUCGCUACCUCUGUCUGCUCAUUUUCCAUGCAAAGCUCACUUAUCACUGGAGCUCUACGGCUGGGGAUGUGUGUCUGUGCCGCAGAUUCCCCAUCCUGCUGCUUGCUGCUGGGAGGAGGCAGUAUCUGCUGCUGCCCUCUGCCUGCUCUCUUCCUGCUCAGCUGAAGGAGGAGGCAGCUUCUGGUCUACCAUCUGGAUGGAGGCACAGCAAGGGCCUGGUACCCCAGUCCUUGAAGAGCGCAGCAGAGAGGCGGGGGGCAGUAGCGGCUCCCACCCCGCUGCUUCUACAGAGGUAACUGUGGAGGAGCCUCAGCAAGCGGGUACAGCAGACGAGGAGUCGGGGGUCCUGGUGCCCGUGUCCGGUCUCUUGCAGGUCACAGAGAGAAGGCAGCCCCUUAGCAGCGUCUCAUCUCUUGAAGUGCAUUUUGACCUCUUAGACCUGACCGAACUCACAGAUAUGUCUGACCAAGAACUGGUCGAAGUUUUUGCAGACUCAGACGAUGAGAAUCAACAGAACGAGCCUCCUCUAGGUCUGCAGUUGCCCCCGCUGCCUCGGCCCGGGUAUCUCCGCUCUUCAUCCUGGACCAGGUCAAGAGCAGAAAGAGAAAAGAAACAUCUAAGCGAUUCAGAGCUCCAAGGAGGCCUGCUGGACAGCUUCAUCACCGCCGAGAGAUCCAAAGAAAACUAAACAGCCUUCACCCACCGAUAUGUGUUCUUGUGACCCUCUCCUAAAGAGGAAUGGGGAGCAGACCACAAAAAUUAUCAAGAGCACAGCUUCAGAAACUGCACUAUUACUGCACCUAAUGGUUUGGUGUAUUAUCUCCAAUACACAGUUUUGCUGGUUGAAAUCUACAUAACUGUAUACUCUUAUACAUGAAUUCAAUUUAAAGUUGGCAUGCAGGAGUCAUGAGCCCUUGAUCUUGUCUGCGAUAGCUAGUGCACCUUUUAGAUUGUGUGCAUUAUGUUAGAUGGUAUAAGUAUUGGUGCAUCACACGCAGGCGCCAUAUGUUCAUGGCGACAGAGAGCCUCCAACCUUCCGAUGGCGUGAUGGUCAGGUGCCCUGCCUGCCAUAUGUUGCGCCUGUUUCGAUUCCCUGUAGCUCCUUGUGGAGCAUCCGGCCAUCCGGUGGUUUGAAGGCCUACUCGAUGCUGCGGUCCUAGUCUGGUUUCGCUUGAAGGUUCGGUGUGUUGCCUACGAGAUGAUGCGCUGAUAGCUCGCUUCCGUGUGGCUCGGUACAGCCGCUGACAACGUCUCUGUGUGUACAGUGGUCUUACCCUGAAAAAAAAAAUGUGCGCUGCUGUAUUAUCAUUAUUUUUUUAAGCAUUUAUAGAAAAAAGCGUAAAAGGUGUUGUGUACUACUGACUGGCUCUAACCCCCAAUCAUCCUGACCUGCACAU